AUGGACGUCCCGGUAGCUGCUAAUGUACUGGGGACUAUGGGAGCGGUCUGUUGGUCUAUUCAGUUGAUACCUCAAAUUGUCGUAAACUACAGACGACACAAUGCAACCGGACUGCAGCCCACAAUGAUGAUGUUGUGGGCUUGGGCUGGUGUUCCCCUGGGCGUUUAUAACAUCGCUGAAGACUAUAAUAUUGCUUUGCGCAUCCAGCCUCAGAUUCUCACUGUGCUGAGCCUCGUUACGUGGAUCCAGUGCUAUUAUUACGAGAAGAACUGGUCUGUUUUGAGUUCACUUGCGGUAGUCGUCCCCAUAGCUAGUCUUAUGGGUGGAGUGCAAACUGGCCUCAUCUUCGCCAUACGACAUGCUCAGCGCCAGGACCUGCAAUGGCCUAGUAUUCUCAUGGCAGUUGCUUCGGCUGCUUUGCUUGCAGCUGGUGUUAUGCGGCACUACAUUGACAUCUACCUCUUUCGGACUGUUCGAGGAAUCUCGUUCAUCUUUGUAGCUAUCGAUGCUCUAGGCGAUGUCUUCUCAUUAGUGUCCGUCUUGUUCCAACCUACACUUGACGUUCUAGGGAUUGUGAUUUAUGGCACAGAAUUGACCCUCUGGAUUGGCAUCUUUGCUUGCGGAGCUUAUUACAACCUCUCGCCUUGGAUUGUCUCACAGACAAACGGCCGGGGGAGAAGUCAUGCUGUAUGCGAUGAAAGCGCUCGUCCUGCCGCAAAUCUGAACACAGGUGAAGAUGGAGCAGCAGUCGCAUCUGGUAUUGCGCUCCACAAUCUACCUUCUAGCACUGAAGGAGGAUUGCAUCACACGGGACACAAAUGGGCCACAUACCGCGCAAGAUUUCAUAGGUUAGGUGGACUUCAGGUCCUUGGAAUUGUCCACCGACUACUAUCAGCACAUUUGUUCGCGUUACAGUCUGAGCGAAGAGCUUCAUCGCGUCACCAAAGCUUCAAAACAUAUCGUUUGAAUCGCGAGUAUUUCUCCGCCAUACUCACAAGACGCAGCAACACUCCAGAUAUCGCUACUAAGACUUCAGCAAUGAUUUCCAUCAUGAUGGCCAAGGCCACGUCGCUGGAUUGCCAAUCGGAUGCUCCGUCAGCGCCCAAUCCCACUCCAGUCACCGAGCCUGUCGGCACUCCGUUUGCCAGUGGGCCCGUCGAUCCUCCACCAGAGAUGGACUACGCCGCCGUUGCUAAGAUUCUUGCUCCUAUCCAGGAGUCGCUCAACGAAGCCGCCGAGGAGGCCGGUUAUCCCUCCCCUCCCAUCAACACACCUGUAGUCGGUUCCCCGGAGCCCUCCAUCAUCUACCGCAACCCUAAGACUCGCGGCCGCGGCUUUAGUGCCAUCGGCGAUAGACUCGCUCAGUUGAAGCUCGACAACCGCAAGCUACGUCAGCAUGAAGGAGAUGCGGGAUCAGUCAACUAUUCUCCCGAGCCUUCGGUCGCCGAAGAUGAGGAGGCCGACAUUGCCAGCGUUUCUGAGGCAGUGAGCGAUAGCGGCAAGAACAGAUACGCUCGUAGGGCUCUUGCUCCGAUCAGUGUGACCGAGGGCACAGUGCCUAUUGCCCUGGGCUCUCCUGCCGCCAACCCACGUAUCGCUGAGUACUUGAGUUUCACCUCGGAUGAUUUGCCUACAAGCUCGGUUGCCCCUUGCUUUCCCUCUACCCUGAUGGAGAUGGGCACAUCUUAUAUCGAGCCGGCGGUUCAUGGUGGCAGCGACAGCUUGAGGAGCGAAGGCGUCACGGAAAAGAGCAACUGGGCUGAGGAGCUCGAGGACGCCGUCAACCGCGCUUUCUUGCGCCUUGAGCAGCUAGCAGCUGAUGAGGUCAAGAUGGAUGCUAGCAAGACCUUUGAGGAGUACUACAUUGCUCGGCUUGAGCGCCUGCUUGGUAGCGACAAGCGAGCAGUUCCUGUCCUUGUUCAGAAGGCCGACAAGGCAGGCAAGGUCAACAAAGCCAACAAGUAG